AUGCUCACCAACAUCUUCGCUGUUACGGCGGCUAUGGCCGCCACCGCCUCCGCCUUCGACUGCAGUGGCCACUACUUCAGCUUCUUCAACCGCGCUGGACCCAUGUCCUACCAGCGUAUCGACCCUGCUCUCUACCCUGGAGAGCAGAGCCCUCAUCUUCACUCCUUCGACGGCGGCAAUGCGCUCAGUACUUCUUCGAACUUCGAUGGCCAAAUGGGUUCGACUUGCACCACUGCCCGCAUCAAGUCUGACAAGUCCUUGUACUGGCGCUCUACCCUCUUCUGGAACGGCAACAAUACUGGCUUCUACCGUGUCCCCGAGAAAGCCGCCAAGAUCUACUACAAGUCUGGCGACGGCUCUGCGUGGGCCAACGUCACUGAGUUCCCAGAGGACUUCAAUAUGAUCGCUGGUGACCCACUCAAGCGCUCUGACGGCGACAACCCGGGCGGCAUCCGCUGGGCCUGCCACCAGCCUGAUGGCCGCGAUGAUAAGAUAUUCACCAACAAUUUCCCUACUGGUUUCCAGUCCUGCAACUACGGUUUCGCCACCGAGGUCACCUUCCCCUCGUGCUGGAACGGCCAGAAGCUCAACCCCAGCGACCCCAGCGCUCACAUGGCUUACCCUACCAACGGUGGCGUUGGUCUCGAGAACUGCCCUACUACUCACCGCGCUGCUCGUUUCCCCACCAUCUUCAUUGAGUUCUGGUACGACAUUUCCUCGUUCGACGGCCAGUACAGCUCCAGCUCUUCUCCCUGGAUUCUGUCCAACGGUGAUCCCACCGGAUACAGCAUGCACGCCGACUUCCUCAACGGUUGGGAGAAGGGCGUCCUCGCUAAGGCCACUGGCGAGACUGGUGGUUGCAACUGCGGUUGCAGUUGCGGCAACGACGAGAUGAAGCAGUGCUUCGGUACUGACAACGUCAACGAUGACGGCGACUCCAACUUCAAGCAAUGCUCUGCUUCCCCUAGCGACGCGACCACUAGGUACGACAAGCUCCCUGGCUGCAACCCCAUCCAGUCUGGCCCUGCUCGCGCUACUGUUGCUUCCGGUACUGGCUGCGAUGCAACUCAAGCUGCCUCUCCCGUCGCAAGUGCUACCAGCGCUGCUACCUCUAAGGCUUCCUAUGCUGCUUCGGACGUAGCAUCUACU